UUCGAUAUCUCAAUCAGAUUGCUACCCAAUGUAUCAUUUUACGCAUCAUCUGUUUACAGCACAAUAUCGUGACUGGCCCUACAGCCUCACCGAUCAAACAUGUAGUAAAAAAUACUGAGAAUGGCAGGACUCAAAUGGCAACUUCUGAAGUCAUUUUAAAAUUCAACUAUCCCAAAAAAUAUGUGAUCUUAACCUCAAGGUUACGGUACUAAAACAUUCCAUAAAAACAUGUUGAUGGCGGUCGCGCAUCAGAUGCUUAUCGUCUCGAAUCUCACCAGGGGCAGGCAGGCAGUAAGUUGAACCUCGAAACGUGCUAGUUGUAUCACCAGUGGCUCGGGGUCGCUCAGUACCAGUUUAGAAGUCGGUCGAAACACAAGCGUUAAUUGCCCUAGCGAUGAGCGACUCACCUGUGUUCUGUGUGGACAAAAAACCUGCCAGCUACGAGCGGUAUGAAUUUACACUCUCGGAUCAGUACAGGAAGCUGGCCAAAGAGGAGCUCCGGGAGGACGACGAUAUUCGCGAGCAAUCGCUCCAACAACUGCGCGAAUGGAUCGCCAAGCAUCCGUACAUACGCAAGUGUCGCACGGAUGCUGUGUUUUUGCUGCGAUUUUUGAGAUUUCGGAAGUUUUCCGUGCCCCAGGCACAAGCUGCCAUCGAGCGGUACAUGGCGAUGCGUCAAACUUUCCCCGAGUGGUUCCAGAAGUUCGACUCGAACGAUAAAUUAAUGCAGGAAGUGAUCGACGACGAGGUGUACUCGAUUCUGGGGCGAGACGGGGAAGGCCGAACAGUGGUUUUAAUCCGGUUUGGGCGAUUCAACGUGGAAAAAUUAAGGCCGGUGGAUAUAUUCCGUUACACAAUGAUGUUCAUCGAACUGCUGCUGGACGAUGAAGAGGUGCAAAUUGGUGGAUAUCGAGUUUGGGUUGAUUAUACCGAGAGCACUAUGAAGCAUUACGGAAUGUGGGGCGUUUCGGAUUUGAAGCUGUUUAUGGAUGCGGUCAACAGAUCGAUGCCGAUGAGGAUCCGUGAAAUUCAGGGAGCAAAGUUGCCAAAAUUCGCAAUUGCCAUUGCGAAUUUAAUGCUAACUUUCGCCUCGGACAAGUUGAAGGAGAGAAUAAACUGUAACGCAACGUUGCUGGAGUCAAAGAAAUACUUUGACGAAUCUUUGUGGCCGCAAGAAUACGGUGGCCCAAUCAAUAUUGGAGAACUGACGCGAAGGCUAAGGAAACGGUUUGCUGAGACCCGUGAUGCUAUUUUGUCUCUAGAUGAUAUGGAUAUCGAUAUUAUACAUUAUUCUGCUCUUUGGAACCAAGGCGGUACGAAUACGGCCAGCGAUAUUGAAGGUGGAAUCUCUGGAUGUUUCAGGAAAUUGAAUGUGGAUUAGGAAUAAAACCUUUUCUCAUAGUUUCGGUUUGAAGACAGUGUUACAUGUUUUAAAAAUAAAAUUAUUUUCUUACUAAUUGAUCAGCACCAGCUAAAAUUUACAAAUUAUU